CGCGAAGCUCGCGACGUAAACAUUGGGAAUGUUACUGAGGAGAGGAGAGCUGCAAUGCUCAACCAAUUGUCCCGCACCGGCCACGCCACCUUUGCGCGCAGGCCCUACAUAUGUCAGGAAUGUCUGCGACGCUUGCAAAGUCGUCAUAUCCGGUCAAUUGCCUCUCCGGCACCAGCCUGGAUCCGCCCGCUCUCAACCGCUUCCGAUGACCGUACACCUCCGAAAGAAGACGCACCCUUCCGCAAAGCGCUGAAAGAUGCCGCAAAGAAGAAACGUCUAGAGAACCGUGGAAAAGCUCAAUCAUCCGACAACCCAAGCGGAAGCUCAGAGUUCAAGUCGGAGAAGUGGGAGCUCACAGUCGGCAUCGAGAUACAUGCGGAGCUCAACACAGCUCGCAAGCUAUUCUCCAGCGCGGCCACGUCUGUCAACGAUACACCCAAUACGCAUGUCGCCUUGUUCGAUGCUGCGUUUCCUGGAAGCCAACCGCAUUUUCAGCGGGAAACGCUGAUUCCUGCGCUGCGAGCUGCGUUGGCGCUGAAUUGUGAGAUCCAGCACAGGAGUAGCUUUGAUAGGAAGCAUUACUUCUACCAGGACCAGCCGGCUGGGUACCAGAUUACACAAUAUUAUGAGCCAUUUGCCCGCGACGGCCACAUCACUCUCUACCCUCACGACUUCCCCGGUGGCGUGUCCCCUGAAGGCGGGCCCGUCACCAUUGGAAUAAAGCAAGUCCAGAUGGAACAAGACACGGCCAAAACCAUCCAACAGCCACCAUCGACCCAUCUGCUCGAUUUCAAUCGUGUUUCGCACCCUCUCAUCGAAAUCAUAACGCUUCCUCAGAUACACAAUCCCGUGGUCGCUGCCGCAUGCGUGCGAAAGAUCCAAGCCAUCCUCAAGGCUGUGGAUGCAGUAACCGCAGGCAUGGAGAUGGGCGGUCUGCGUGCCGACGUCAAUGUCUCUGUACGGCGACGCGACAGCGCAGACUCGUCGCAGCAAUCGCAUUCGUAUCACGGCGUGACGGGCCUGGGCCAGCGAACCGAGAUCAAGAAUUUACCGAGUAUCAAAGCAGUCGAGGACGCUAUCAUCGCCGAGCGGGAUCGCCAGAUCGAUUUGCUGGAGCGAGGUGGUAUCGUUGACGGGGAGACGCGAGGAUUUACGCAGGGGAGUAAGACGACCAGGCGGUUGAGGGGGAAGGAGGGCGAGAUUGACUAUCGGUAUAUGCCGGAUCCGGAUAUCGCUCCUGUUGUCGUUGGGAAGGACCUUGUACAACACCUCAAAUCAAGCAUGCCUCUGCUAUCCGACGACGUCAUCGAGAUGCUCGUCGAUCCCAAGAGAUAUGGGUUAACGGCGAAAGACGCCGGCACGCUCGUCGUCCUGGACGACGGCGACCGCUUAGACUACUAUCUAGAAGUUGUUGAGAUCCUGCGCCGUAUCUUCUCCGAAGAUUUUGCUGCUUUGUCCCGCGUUGGCAAGAUGGCGGGUAACUGGGUACUCAUGGAACUAGGAGCCCUCUUCAAGACCACACAGUGGUCGGCUGACCGUGUGAGUCCUUCGGAACUCGCUUCCCUCAUCGCACAUGUCCUCCGCAAGCAGAUCACAGGCCGGACCGCGAAGCUCCUCCUCGCCCAGAAAUUCGACGGGGAUGCCCGCCCCGUGGACCAGAUCAUCGUGGAUGAAGACCUCCUGCUUCGGCCUCUGAGUCGCGACGAGUAUCUCGCUAUGGCGCAGCAGCUGCUGGAGGAGAAGAGCGAUGUCGUGAGGGAUAUUGUUGAGAAGGGCAAGCAUCAGAAGGUCAAGUGGUUUGUGGGGCAGAUGAUGGCGAGGGGGGCCGAGGGGACGGUGGAGCCUGGGACGGCGGAGGAGGUGUUGAGGCUGUUGCUCCAGCUGCCGCCCAUGGAGGAGCAGCGGCAGCAGAUGAAGAAGUGAGGAAUCGACAUUGGUGUGGCACAGGUUGGCCCUACCGUCAUAUUCACGAAGGAGGAAUCGAGCAAGUGGAAGAAGAGGCAGACAAGUUCAAAAAGGUAGAUUAGCCAAUCCAAAAAGUACGACUGGC